AUGGCUGUUGCACCGUCGUCGUCGAGCAUGCCACGCGUGCAGCAACCACUCGGCAAGCCCUCGCCCUAUAUCAUCCCUGCCUACGAAGGUGAGACGAUCACCAUUCCCGGCACAAAAUCCACAGUCCGCAUUCUCGCCUCUGCAAAAGAGACUGAGGGUCUCAUUUCCGUUUUCGGGCUGGAUGGAGCCGUCGCCGAUGCUCCAGGUUUUCACUACCACAAUCUGGCGCACGAUGUCUUCCUAUGCACCAGAGGCCAUUUGAAAGUCUGGGCCGGCGACCGCUGCAAGAUUCUCGGACCGGGAGACUUCUGCUACGUUCCACCUAAAAUUGUGCAUCAGCCGCAGUUACUGGACGACGGGAACAAUGAAACCGUUGGACUGGUAACACCGGGGCAGUGGGUAGAUUUCUUCCGCUUUGUGUCCGAAAAGUACGAUGGCGUUGUGGCCAACGAGUUUGAUCCACGGAAUCCGGGAGAUACAUUCGGACCCAAGUUCCGUGAGAUCAAGGAGAAUUAUGACGUUGUUUUUCAACGCGAGUAUCAGGGCGCUGAGGUUUCCGAAUGGACCAAGGAAGAUUCAGUUUUGCCUGAUGAGGCUGGUAAAAGCUACUACCUGAAAGCAAACACUGGGCCGUGUCAUCUGCUGGAAGGCGUCUUGUCAAAGCCGUUUAUUACAACGAAACAGAGCAAAGCAUCGACGGGGAACUUUGCGAUUACUAGCGUUGAGUCAAGCAAUCGCCUGACCAAUACAGUGUUUAGUAAGCCAUUCGCGUUUGAGAAGACACAUCAGGUGUACCACGUCCUGGAUGGGGCUAUCAACGUCACAAUAGACGGCAGUGUAAAUCUUGUCCGCGCAGGAGAGACCGCCUUCAUCCCAGCAGGCACCGAAGUUGCAGUCGAGUUCGUGGACAGAUAUGUCCGCUUCUGGGCAUACUCAAGCGGCGACGGUCUGGAAUCGCUAAUUGCCGAGGCUGGUGGCGAGUUUGAGGGCACCAUGGUACCUGACCAGAGCAGGGGACUUGACACAGAGGCUCUGAAGAAGGCAGCGGAGAAAUACAAUGUUAGAGUCUCGGUGUAA